CUGCUGAGCGGAUAAAUUAUCAACUCUUCACUCCGAGUUUAGUUGUGGUAUUUCAUCGGUUCACUCGUCGUCACUGCCAGCGAAACGUACGGAAACGCAUCGAACUAUGGAUCUGACUUUAUAUGCCAUUGUAAUUGGCGUUCUGAGCUGUCUCCUGCACAUCGCUGUUAGUGGAAUAUUAAUAGAUUUGUUGGUACAAUUGAUACGCCACAAUGAUGCCGGCAACAUGAAUGAGAAUCACAUAAUUGCCGCUAGCAUUGUAUUGUCCUUUGUCAUUUUGAUGAUUUUGUUGUCCCUACUUUUGGUAAUUGGUGCACAGAAGAGACGUCCCGAUUUAAUGGCUGGAUGGAUAUUCUUCACCAUUGUUGGCAUAACAAUGAGCAUUUUCAGCAUUGUCUUUGGCGGUUUCAAAUUGGCAAAGACACCAUUUUGUGCGAGAAUUAUCUAUAUAAUUCUCCAGAUCUUACUGUGGUAUCCUGUUUAUAAGCUGUGGAAGAAUUUAACUGCAAACGAUUAUGCAGUGAUAGUUAAUCCACCAUUGUUGGUACAACAAGCGUCCCCAAGAAAUUAUGCCUCCACAAACGAUACGGCUGGUAAUGAAAAUCAACGGGGUUACUUUAGAACUCCGAAUGUUAUCUGAAUGAGAAUUAUGACUUCGAAAUUUAUGAGAUUUUCAAAAUAUACAUAUAAUUACGAAUUUGA